AUGUCCGACCAACACUCUGCCUCUGAUUCAGAGUCUAACAAACAACCUCCAGCAAAUGAAGAAGAAGUUACUGUUCUGCAGUCUUACCUCGAACAAUGGCUCUCUGCUAAUCCAUUGGAGCGAAAGAAUAUCUUGAGAGCAGCUACAAUGGAAGCCCGGACAAAAGCACCUGUGAUGUCAAUCGUGCUGUCCAAGGCUCGCAAAGCGACAUACGACACAUGGUUCUGCAACAAUGCGAAGGCCAAGAAACCGGGAAAACCCCCCAUCAAGAUGGGGCAGAAAUGGACUGAGAGAAGUGUCAUAGACACACUCCGGAAGAAGGAGCUCUUGAAGAAAAUCGAGGACGAGACCGGGGCCAAACCCGGAACGAAAGAGAUGAUGAACCAUUACACGGUCCACCUAAACCAGCUGAUGGCAUCACUUUCACCGGAAGACCUUGAAGAAGCCCAAGAGACAGCCAAUGACUGGAAUACUCGGGGUGUUCCAGACGAUGUCAAAGAUGGGGAGAGCAAGGUCCAGGUGGCCGGGUUUGUUUUCCGACCACUGGGAUCCACAACUUCUCACCCCGCAGACAGACAUGACUAUAACCAAGAGUUCGGUGGUGCCGCGUCGUUCAUGAAGAGUUACAACUGGAAAGUGAUUGAGCCAGAAUGGGACGCAUAUGCCGCCAGUGUAUUUGAGGGCGAUGUGGACGAGAAUCCGGUUGCUCGGAAGAAAGGCAGACAGGACAACACUUAUACCCUUGAUGUCGGAGAUGAUGGCUAUCCCGUCGUCCCUGCAUAUGGCUCCAUGGAUUUAGAUACGAAGAAGGCCGUCGUCCGGGCAUUUUUGACUUGGCAUUACAGGAAGUGUUGUGGGGACCCCAAAGUCUCUGUGCUGUGGAAGUAUGUGAUACACAGGUACAACAAGAUUAUUCCCGGACAAUAUCUUCCAGAAGGUCACAAUCUCGCUGAGCCAUCAAAGCUAAGACAGAUCCACGCCACAGAGCUGUUACAAUUUUGGCAUGACAGGCAGGAGGAAGGGGAACAGCAUGUCUUUGAAUUCGUAGGAUGGUGGGAUAAUGAUAGUCAAGACAUUGUCCUUGCAGCCGACCAAGAUGAGCGGGUCACAAGCCGGGCGCAGCCAACCCUCUGGACUAAGAAGACAUCAGGGUCAAAGUCAAACAAGUCCGGUCAUCCGCGCCAACCUACAGUGAAAAAAUCAUCUUCUGGUAACAAGGUGAAGGACGGGGAGCCUGCUGCUGCAGCUUGUUCUGGAGUGAAGACAAUAAAGAGCGCAUCUGCUUCAACUCUCCGAAAACAGGGUGGGGGAUUGAAGAACAAACCCAUGUCAUCCAACGAGGAUAGUCACUACACCGGGAAACCGAGCGAUGAAUCUUCCGAUGAACCAUCCGAUGACUCGGAGGAUGAUACGCCACCUCCCCGGAAAGGAAGGCUAUCGGAAAUUAGGAACAAGUGUACCGGGUCACAUACGCACCGCUCCCGAGCAUCUCUCAAGAGUCAAGAUGACUCUAACUGUGAGGUUGAACUGGAUAUCGCUUGCAAAGCAGUUGUGCCUUCGGACAAACAUGCCCGGAAGGAUAUGGGUGCACACAUCAGAGCCCGGGCGGCUGAUAUCAGCUUGACAGACAGGAGGGUCCAACGUGACAAGGGUGAUGUGAAGCAGACCGCAAAGGUCACCGCACGCGAGCGCUCCAAGUCCAGCAUGGCACAAACCAUCACCCACCCUAUUCGCAUGGUUGGCCCGGCUUCCUGGGCUGGUGGCAGUGCACCCGGUAACCAGGCUCGUGGCGAUUGCGAAGAUUCUGUAUCAACAGGAACAGGGAUGCUAUCAAUCCCCAUAGCACGCCAUUUGGCUCAUGACGGACAUACGAGGAAGGAAGGAAGGAAACGUGCAGCCGAAGAAACGUUGGAGGGGCCACCUGCGAAGCGGUCAAGAAGCAGAGCAAUCAUAAAAACGGCCAUUGAGAAUGUCAACAAGCCCGCGGACAAGAAACUGAAGAAACGGGUCACUGAUGAAUGCAUGGAUGGCUCUCCUUCAAAACGCACCCAGAGCAAAACCUCCAAUCUCAUUCCCGCGAAACAUUCCCGGAAGCCAAACUCCCAAUAUGCUGCCGACUAUGUCAAAUCUUGA